AUGAAGAAGGUUUUCAAUAUCGGUGACUUUCGACUGUGUCAGAAAGGUGUCUGCAACGCUAAUAUGGAUGGUCGAGAUAUCGUGUGUGUCAUGCCAACGGGAGGUGGAAAGUCGUUGACCUAUCAACUGCCUGCCCUCCUGACGCCAGGUUGUACAUUGGUCAUAUCUCCCCUGAUUUCCCUGAUGACGGAUCAGAUUCUACAUCUGAGAGAGUCGGGAGUCGAAGCUGUCAUGUUGACAGGAGGAACUCCGCGUCCCCUACUAAAUGAAAUUCAGCAAAGACUGACAUCCAUGGCAUCGUCUCGGGGACAGCACGGUCGGGAUAUUAAAUUGUGCUAUGUCACGCCAGAGAAAAUAGCUAAAAGCAAGACGUUUAUGUCUCUUCUGCAGAAGCUCGUGGAGGGUGGAAAGCUUGCUCGGAUCAUCAUUGAUGAAGCUCACUGCGCAUCUCAAAUGGGCCACGAUUUUCGCCCGGACUACAAGAAACUGAGCGUUCUUCGCCAGUUCUUUCCUCACGUGCCCAUUCUCGCAUUGUCAGCAACCUGCCCCCCGAGAGUCCUCCAAGAUAUUCUCAAAAUUCUCAAAAUGAAACCGGUGGUAGAUGGCAAAGCUGCCCCACAAGAUGGGACGGUGUAUUUUUCAGCACCUCUGUACCGCAAAAAUCUGCAUUACACUGUCUUACCAAAACCAUCGUCAGCAAAAGAAGUCAUCGCAACAAUGUCGAAUUACAUCCUGCAGAAUCACAGAGAUGACAGUGGCAUUAUAUAUUGCCUUGCGAAGAAGGAUGCAGAGUCGGUUGCUGAAAGCAUCCAAGCGGUGAGCAACGGCCGCAUUAAAACGGGCGUCUACCAUGCGAAUAUCGAGGAUGGGCAGAAAGAAAGGCUGCACACGCAGUGGAGGGAAGGGAAAGUUCAGGUGGUCUGUGCUACAAUAGCUUUCGGCCUAGGGAUUGACAAGGGCAACGUUCGAUUCGUGCUCCACCAUACUGUACUGAUUACCAUUUCACAGAAGUCUCUUGACGGGUACUAUCAGGAGUCGGGACGUGCUGGACGAGAUGGCCGAGACGCGGACUGCGUAUUGUACUAUCGUCCACAAGAUGCUACUCGCCAGGCUUCCAUUACAUACAGCGAUCAGGACGGUUCAACAAAAUUGCAUGACAUGUUACGUUUCGCCCAAGAUAUGCAAGAAUGCCGCAAGAUCUUAUUUGCAAAGUACUUUUCGGCAUCAUCCGAUCUCUCUAUGGCCUCAUGGACCACGAACGAAGCAGAUGCAAUGGACCGAUGUGGUCAUUGUGAUAACUGCACGAGGCCACUUGACAACGUGGAACACAAGGAUGCUACAGUUGAAGCGUGGCAGAUUCUAAAGAUAGUCGAAGCUGUAGAGAGCAGUGGCGGGCGGCUGACCAUUGCUGGCCUCAGUGACCUGGCACGCGGUCUGGCUGGCGGUUUAUUCGAAACUAGUGGCGGCGGAAAGCGUCGGAAUGCUAAAGAGAAGAUACAGAUUGACUAUGAUUCUGUGGCUGGCGGCAAAGUGGGGCUGUCAAAGGACGACAUGGAGUCGUUGAUUGUGCAGAUGCUUCUUUCCCAGUACCUCAAGGAGACGUUUUUGUCGACAGCAUACACCGUGAAUGUUUACGUCGCACCCGGUAAUCAAGCACUUCGGCUCACCCGCUUCACUCGUGAAGAUGUCGUGAACGGGGGCGGGCCUAGAAUCCAAUGCUCCUUCAGGAAACAUGGGCGUAAAGCAAAGAGCAAAAAGGCCGCUCUUGACAGGCAAUCUCCUGAUAUUUUGGAGCUUCAAGAAGACACCCCUGGUGGCCCGUCACAGACUCGGAAACCAGUCCCACCAAGAAAGAAAAGGCUUUAUGAAGACGUAUCGGACCCUGACGAGGCGGAUGACAUCGAUGGAGAGGAUUUUACGAGCCAGAUGAGACUCGUUGACGCUGAGGAGUCCGAUGCUGACGAUACUGAUGCUGACUGGGCUUACUCACUUAGACCCGCUCAGCCGACCAAGAAACGGCGAACGGGUGGAGACAAGGUGAAGGAAAUUCCUGCCAAGUCAAGUAGAGGGACGAUUGGGGAGGAACAUGAGGUUAUAUCUCUCUCGUCAGACUAG